AUGGCAGUAGCAGAAAUCAAAAAAGAAAAAGGCUCUAGCAUGUCACCUGCACCCUCUUCGCCCAUUCAAAUACUAAGUACUGAACCUGAUGCAAAUCCCGAUAGUAAACAGGAGAAAUUUACACCGAAAGAUAUAUUGCCGGGAUGCAAAGUGCAUGUUUCUAAAGAUGGGGAGCUCAGACUAGCAGAAAUUUUACAAGAACAUAUUAAGAAAGGCCGUAAAGUGUUCUAUGUGCAUUACCAAGAUUUCAAUAAACGUUUAGAUGAAUGGAUUGAACUCGACAGGAUCGACUUUACUCGAAGUCUAAUUUUACCAGAAAUAAAAACAGACACAAAGGAGAAUAAACUGAAAAAGAAGAGCAAAUCCAAAGGCCUGACAAAGCUGUCCAAAAAUAAUACCACUGCCAAUAGUACAACUGGUACCCCACAGCCAAAUGAUGGACAGCCUAUUAUGGGAGACGAUGAAAUGGAUUUGGAAAACUUGAAUGUCCAAGGAUUAAAGCGUCCUGGAGAAGAAUUUAGUAGGGAAGACGAAAUCAAAAAGUUACGUACUAGUGGUUCCAUGACCCAAAAUCAUCUGGAAGUUGCAAGAGUAAGAAAUUUAUCAACUAUUAUAUUGGGUGAGCACAUCAUAGAACCAUGGUACUUUUCCCCGUACCCUAUAGAAUUGACAGAAGAAGACGAGAUAUACAUUUGUGACUUUACACUUUCCUAUUUUGGGUCCAAAAAGCAAUUUGAGAGAUUUCGCUCCAAAUGUUCAAUGAAGCAUCCGCCAGGUAAUGAGAUAUACAGAGAUUCAAAAGUCAGUUUUUGGGAAAUAGACGGGAGAAAGCAAAGAACGUGGUGUCGGAAUUUGUGUCUAUUGAGUAAAUUGUUUCUUGAUCAUAAGACAUUGUACUAUGAUGUUGAUCCCUUUUUGUUCUAUAUAAUGACUAUCAAAUCUGAUCAAGGUCAUCAUGUUGUGGGGUAUUUUUCCAAAGAAAAAGAGAGUGCAGAUGGAUAUAAUGUUGCAUGUAUAUUAACUCUACCCUGUUAUCAAAAGAGAGGGUUUGGGAAAUUAUUGAUCCAGUUUUCGUACAUGUUAACCAAAGUUGAGAGAAAAGUGGGAUCGCCUGAAAAACCAUUAUCGGAUUUGGGAUUAUUGUCAUAUCGUGCCUAUUGGACAGACACAUUGGUUAAACUAUUAGUGGAAAGAAACAGUCCUGCCUUAUUCCGCAAGAAUAAUCCUCAGCUAGAAUACGAUGAAGCAGAAAAUGGCAAAGAUGGCUCUGCAACUCCAACACCGGGGCCAGGGUCAUAUGCUUCCCAAUUCUCGACAUCAGCUAGUGCCCUUGCUUCACGGCUGGGACUAAAUUCAUCGCCAGUUUUUUCUAAUGAAAUUACCAUUGAGGACAUUUCAUCGAUAACAUGCAUGACCACGACCGAUAUAUUGCACACAUUGACCACAUUGCAGAUGUUGCGAUACUACAAGGGACAACACAUAAUUGUGUUGACCGAUCAAAUAAUGGAAUUAUACGAAAAACUAGUCAAGAAGGUGAAAGAGAAAAAGAAGCACGAGUUAAAUCCAAAAUUAUUGAACUGGACGCCGCCUCUGUUCACGGCAAACCAAUUACGAUUCGGGUGGUAA